CCUUGAUGUGAGAAGAAUGAGUCGUUUAGAGGGUCUGAAGGCCAACUCGUCUCAGUUUACUCUAGAAGGAGAGCCUUUCCGCAUCCUGGGAGGCUCUGUCCAUUACUUCCGUGUCCCCAGAGCCUACUGGGAGGACAGGCUGCUGAAGAUGAAGGCCUGUGGUCUCAAUACACUCACAACAUAUGUGCCAUGGAACCUCCAUGAGCCUGAGAGGGGAACAUUUAAUUUUCAGGAUCAGCUGGACCUUAAGGCCUAUGUCAGUUUAGCAGCACAGCUGGGUCUCUGGGUUAUACUGCGUCCUGGACCUUACAUCUGCGCUGAAUGGGACUUGGGCGGGUUGCCUAGCUGGUUGCUACAAGAUGAAGAGAUGAAGUUGAGGACAACUUAUCCUGGAUUUGUGAAUGCUGUCAACUUAUACUUUGACAAGCUCAUCUCAGUUAUCAAGCCUCUGAUGUUUGAAGGAGGCGGCCCGAUCAUUGCAGUCCAGGUUGAGAACGAAUACGGCUCAUUUGCAAAAGAUGACAAAUAUAUGCCAUUUAUAAAGAAUUGUCUCCAGUCCAGAGGGAUCAAAGAGCUUCUGAUGACUUCAGACAACUGGGAAGGCUUAAGAUGUGGAGGGGUGGAAGGAGCUCUAAAAACAAUAAACCUUCAGAGACUCUCAUUUGGAGCCAUCCAACAUUUGGCUGACAUACAGCCCCAGAAACCUCUCAUGGUAAUGGAGUACUGGUCUGGAUGGUUUGAUGUCUGGGGAGAACAUCAUCAUGUGUUCCACGCCGAGGACAUGCUGGCUGUGGUGUCCGAGAUCUUGGAUCGAGGCGUUUCCAUUAAUCUGUACAUGUUUCAUGGCGGAACCAGCUUUGGCUUCAUGAACGGCGCAAUGGACUUUGGCACCUAUAAAUCUCAGGUCACCAGUUACGAUUAUGAUGCUCCCCUAUCUGAAGCUGGGGACUGCACUCCAAAAUAUCACCACCUGAGGAAUUUAUUCAGCCAGUACCACUCUGAGCCUCUUCCUGGAGUGCCCUCUUCUCCGGAGAGGAAAGCUUACAGCCCUGCUUUUAUCCAGCAACACCUGUCACUGUGGGACGUCUUGCAAUUCAGCGACAAGCCGCACAGGUCAGACGGGCCAGUGAACAUGGAGAAUCUCCCUGUGAACAAUAACAAUGGUCAGUCAUAUGGUUAUACACUGUAUGAAACCACUAUCACUGGUGGAGGUGCCCUAAACUCCAGGAACAACAUUAGAGACAGAGCAAUGGUUUUUGUGAACAGGGAGUGUGUUGGUUGUUUGGACUAUAAGACUCAUGAGGUUGCACUCCCUGAUGGAAAGGGGGAGAGGACAUUAAGCUUCCUUGUGGAGAACUGUGGAAGAGUGAAUUAUGGGAAAGCUCUGGAUGAACAGCGCAAAGGUAUUGUGGGAGACAUUGUGUUGAACAACACCCCACUGAGAGGAUUUUCCAUCUCCUGCUUUGAUAUGAAGCCCAGCUUUAUAAAAAGAUUAACAAAUUCAGGCCAAUGGAAAACUGACUUCAAGUCCCAUUGUGUCCCCGGGUUUUUCCAGGCCAGGCUCUGUGUCGAUGGCCCUCCCAAAGACACCUUUGUCAGCCUUCGUAGUUGGGGUAAAGGCGUUAUAUUUGUCAAUGGGCAGAACCUUGGACGUUAUUGGUUUAUUGGCCCCCAGCAUUUCCUUUAUCUCCCAGCACCUUGGCUUAGAAGUGGAGAGAAUGAGAUUAUUGUCUUUGAGGAACAACGGGUGCAUGAUAAACUACUGUUUGCUGAAAAUCCUGAUUACGGAAAGGUUAUCGAUGUGUACAAACUUCCUUUCUGCACAUUGCUGUGAACAUGCUGUAAAACAACAAACUAACUUUAACACAUACACACAGACAAA